AAUAAUGAUUCCUCUUGAAAAUUUUGCCUCCCAAAAAAGUGUAUUAACUGCGGUUAUUGAAUCGCUUCUUAAAAUGGACAUUAGCGAAAACGAAUGGCCUGCCAUCCAACCCCCACAAAAUGUUCGAAUCCAAACAAUCUCUGAAACUUCCGUUGUUAUUCAAUGGGAUUUUGAUGACUCUGUUGAUAGUAGUGAAGCUGGACAACCUGAUGGUUUUCUGGUUAAAUACGUGCCAGAACCUAUGGUGGCUCGUGAAACUGCCGGAAUGGAUAAAUGGCGUAGUCAGCCUGUUAUGGACCCCAAAGCACGGCAUUUAGAGAUUGGAAGAUUGAUAACCUCAAAGUCAUACUCCUUUUGUGUGUUGGCCAUGAAGCAAAGACGUCUUGGCCCUUGUUCUGACCCUCCCGUCACUCUAAUUGGUCCUCUACGUCCUACCCAUGUAGUACAAAACCUUCGUUUGGACUACAAAACUAGCCAGUCUGUCCAAAUCCGCUGGGACUUUGAUCCACUUGCUUCGACUUCUCAAAAAAUUGGAUUUUAUUUGAAACAAAUGGGCCAGAAGAGCUACUUGGAUCAAGAUUUGGUAGAAAAAUCAAUGGUUUCGCCUCAAUUUGAAAAGAGAGUGAAUGGAUCCGAAAGGCAAUUAUUUUUGGCAAAUCUAAGGCCUUAUAUGAAUUAUACAUUACAAUUGGGUGUUUACUCGCUCGAAGAUGGACGGCAUUAUUGGCCUAGAGAAUUGCAAGUACAAACCGACCCUAGAGGACCUCCUUUUGUGGAGGCUCCAGAAUUUAUCCAAUCUGAUGGACCGCAUACUGCACAGUUCCGGCUAAGUCCGGCAAGUGAGGAGUACGGUAUUAUCAGUCAUUACUGGUUGAUAGUUAUACCAGCAAAUAACAACCGCUCCAAGGAAGCUGUAACUUCUGCUGAUAAAGGCCAACUUCAGAUUGCAACACGAGACUUUAGAACAGCUAGAACUGCUCAAUUACAACAACUGACAAUAACAGCAAGAAAUUCUGAACAACAACAGCAACACAGGCAUAAACGUCAUGAAGUCUCCUACGUUCAUUUUCGACAGCAACAUCCUCAUAGAAAAAGACGGCAUCAACAUAUUAAUGACAAAGUUGAACUUAAACCUCUCGAUGGUGUUUAUAUUGCAGCGCAGAUUUCUUCAAGUGAAAUGCAACGUUUAUAUCGAGAUGAAUUGACUUUUACACUUGGGGAUGGGCUGGAAUACGAAGGCUUCACAAACUUCCCGCUUGAUCCACACGUUAAAAUUUAUCAGUUAAUGAGUCGAGCAUUUGCUAGGGACGAGCAUUGGAAGCGUGCUUCUGAUCAGCCGAGUGAUCAUCGUCCGCCUUUACAAGAACCACAGUCAAAAUUGUAUACAGACUCGGCACUAAGUGAUCCCUUUGAAACUCGAGUUCCUUCUUUGUUUACAGGAGGAGGGUCUAUUCGAGGUGGAGGAAUUAUGUUUCCUCUCUUAGCGGCGGGUAUCACCUUCUUUGUGAUAGCCGUACUCGUUGGAAUGCUCUUGCUAUGGUGGCUUAGAUGCAAGAGGAACACUAAUGCUACUAGAUCCUCUACAAAUUCCAUCCAUAAAACACCCCUAAGUUCGCGUGAUUUACCCGCAAAGGCUAAUGGACAUGGAACUAACGGUGUUUUGCCUACUGAAACUAAUAAAUUACUGUUGGGAAUGGAUCAGGAUGGGCGUCCUGUAUUAAACUCCUAUGACCAUUCCGCUAUUGCUGGCAACGUAGAAAUUGGUUGCGAUGAUAUAUCUCCGGAUGGAGCGGUGCUUUAUCCAGGCGAAUGCCUUAGACAACCACCUGCCUUAAUUUCUUCUACAGGUAUUUCUCCAAACACAAUAAGAGAUUCUUCUAAUAUUUAUGGAGGAUUAACAACGAUUGGAAAUGCUCAUUUAUCCCUUUCACAGCAACGUAGUCCAAAUACAAACGCAAUAAUUCCUAUACCGUUAACCGAAUUCGCAACUCAUAUAGAACGACAAAAAAUUAAUAAUAAUAGAGGGUUUAUACAGGAAUUUGAAAGUAUUGAUACCGGGCAACAUUUUACUUGGGAAAAUUCUACAAUGGAGGUUAAUAGGCACAAAAAUCGCUAUGCUAACGUUGUGGCUUAUGACCAUUCGAGGGUAAUUCUGCCUCCAGAGGAUGAUGAGGAUGGUUGUCUGGAGCAACUACCGGGCAGUGAUUAUAUUAAUGCAAAUUAUAUUGAUGGUUAUGACAGACCAAAGGCAUACAUAGCUACUCAAGGCCCUCUACCUGAAACUUUUGCUGAUUUUUGGAGGAUGGUUUGGGAUGAGAGAUCUUACACAAUUGUUGUCCUGACGCGAUUAGAAGAGCGAUCUAGAUCAAAAUGUGACCAAUACUGGCCUAGUAGAGGGUCUUCUCUUUAUGGCAGUUACAAAGUCACUUUGAUGGAGACAUCAGAAUUGGCUCAUUACUGUAUCAGAACGUUGAGAUUAGAAAAUACGAGGCACAGGAAUGAGCCUGGAAGAGAUAUUCAACAUUGUCAGUUCACUGCUUGGCCAGAUCAUGGAGUGCCAAUACACCCUACUCCUUUCUUAAUGUUCCUUAAAAGAGUGAAGGCACUUAAUCCGAUGCAAGCUGGACCUAUUAUAACGCAUUGCAGUGCUGGGAUUGGCCGUACCGGCGCCUUUAUAGUCAUUGACUUUCAACUUGAUCGGUUGCGCUAUGAGAAUUCCUUGGAUGUCUAUGGCUGUGUUAGAGCUAUUAGAUCUCAACGGCAAUAUAUGGUUCAAACAGAUGAUCAAUACAUCUUUAUACAUGAUGCUUUGCUUGAUGCAGCCCAAUCGGGGUCUACAGAAAUACCAAAUUCUAAGCUCCUUCAACAUGUCCAGACCCUUUCAAGGCCCCAAUUGCAUAGUGAAUACACUGGAAUUGACAUUGAAUUUAAUACAUUAAUGUCUCUGAGGGUGCCAAAAUGCUAUCGUGCUACAGUAGCCAAUGCAACUUACAAUAUUAAUAAAAAUGUUAAAUUGACGGUUGUUCCGUGGGACUUUAACCGUGUUGAGCUGCCUAGACAGUUUCCGAAAUCUGUUAUUGAUAACAAUGGAAAUGGGGACGAUGAAGGGGAGUAUAUUAAUGCUUCAUGGAUUGAUGGAUAUAGAUCUAGACGUUCCUAUAUAGCCACCCAGCUUCCCAUGGCUAACACCGUAGCUGACUUCUGGCGCAUGCUUUGGAUUCAUGAAUGUUCAAUCGUGGCAAUGCUAGUAAAACAACCUAACGAACAAGGCGAACGUUUCUUCGAGUAUUGGCCAAGUCCAGGAUAUCCAGAAAACUAUAAUGGGUUAAACGUCGAUUUUGUAUCAGAAUUUGACAUGGGGCAUUACUGGCUACGCGAAUUUAAAGUGACUGACGAAGCGCAUCACUCAAGGACCAUUCGUCAGUUUCAGUUCAUUGAUUGGGCUGUCGAUUGUCAUGGAAGAGCGAUUGGGGAUGUACCCCUAAACUCUGAAAGAUUUGUUGAUUUUGUACGUCAACUGCAUCAAACAAAACAACAGUUUGGUUCGGUCGGUCCUAUCUGCGUUCAUUGCCUGGAUGGGGCAGGGCGGACAGGGACUUUCAUUGCUGUCUCUUUGAUUGUUUGCAGGGCUCAACUUGAACAUGUUGUUGACCUCUUCACAACUGUAAAACUUUUAAGAAUGCAAAGGCCAAAUAUGGUAGAAACUAGGGAACAGUAUGAAUUUUGUUAUAGAGCAGCAAUUGACUUUCUCUCCUCUUGGGAGGAAGGAUGUUGA